AUGGUGGUUUCGAAUUCUGUAACACUAACACUAACCCAGAUAUCCCCUCUUUUGCUGCGUAGUCUUUUGUUCCGUUUCUCAAAUUUCUCUCGCACUCCGACUUGCAACUUCAAUUGCCAGAACAGGAUUAACCCAAUUCACAUAGCUAGGAGAUUUACGAGCUGUAACCGAAGUUUCAAUCUGCAUUCUACUAAUGGGUUUAAGGUCUCGGGAGGCUCUGAAUUGGGGUUUAGAUUUUCUUGUCCCCGUUCAUUUCGGGUUUCGAGUGGAGGCGGCUCCGGUGGUGGAGCAGGUAGGUUUGGAGGUCCAGGCGGUGGAAGAGGUGGCGAAGGUGGUGGUGGGAGUAAUUGGUCAUUGCUUUCAUGGUAUCUGUCUCUACUUGCCAGGCAUCCUGUGAUGACAAAAGCUGUUACAUCAGCACUUUUGACUUUAGUUGGUGACCUAAUCUGUCAGCUUGUGAUCGAUCAAGUACCAUCUCUAGACUUGAAGAGGACAUCUAUUUUCACACUGUUGGGGCUGGUUUUGGUGGGUCCAACAUUGCAUUUCUGGUAUCUUUAUUUAAGUAAAUUGAUCACAAAACCGGGAGCAUCUGGUGCUUUCAUGCGGCUUUUACUGGAUCAGUUUCUUUUCGCUCCCACUUUUAUUGGAGUUUUCUUAUCCACACUGGUGACACUGGAAGGAAGGCCAUCACAUGUGAUUCCGAAGCUACAACAGGAAUGGUUCUCUUCUGUUCUUGCAAAUUGGCAGCUAUGGAUACCCUUUCAAUUCCUCAACUUCCGAUUUGUGCCACAACAAUUUCAGGUCCUUGCCUCUAACUUUCUCACAAAGAAGUCCUUGCCAAAUAGGUACCUUGGUUACAUCAUCAAUUUUCAGUCUUAG